GUGUUGACCGUGACAAGAAAGAGAAGCCCAAUAUUACACACUUACCAACUCGGCUGUAAGGAACUGCUUUGUGUGGGGCAAGAAAAAGAUCUCGGUGUUACUUUAACUAGUAACCUCUCUUGGGACACCCAUAUUAACGUUAUCAUCGCCAAAUCCAACAAGCUACUGGGUUUGUUAAAGAGAACUUGUCCCUUGUUAACGGAUGUUAAAGUUAGACGUACGCUGUAUCUGUCACUCGUUAAAUCACAAGUUAGCUACGCCACAGAAGUUUGGUCUCCAGUCAACAUACAUCUCAAAUCAAAGGUUGAGAAAAUUCAAAGAAGAGCUACCGCUUGGAUUCUGAAAUCCAAACAAGGCGAGAUACCUUACCAACAGAGGCUGAUAGCUCUUAACCUACUGCCACUAUGUUACGACAGGGAAAUUAACGACUUG